AUGUGUGAUGCAAGUGAUAUUGUUAUAGGGACAGUCCUAGGACAACAAAGAGAGAAGUUGCUACAUGUCAUUUACUAUGCUAGUCAUGUGUUGAACCCUGCACAAAUGAAUUAUGUAAUUACUGAGAAAGAGUUGUUGGUUGUGGUUUAUGCAUUUGACAAAUUCAAGCAAUACUUUUUAAGAUCGAAGGUUGUCAUUUAUACUGAUCAUGCCGCUUUGAAAUAUUUGUUUGCUAAACAAGACUCUAAGUUGAGGCUUCUCAGGUGGAUCUUACUCCUCCAAGAAUUUGAUGUAGAGAUUAGGGACAAAAGGAGGUUUUACUUGUGGGAUGACCUAUUCCUAUACAAGAGAGGAGUGGAUGAACUGGUCAGAAGAUGCGUUCCGGAGGAGGAACAAAGGGAUGUACUUAGAGCUUGUCAUGGCUCGGAUUAUGGAGGACACUUCAGUGGUGACAGAACAUCGGCUAAAGUCCUUCAGUCAGACUUCAUGGGAUCAUUUCCACCGUCAUUUGGGAAGAAUUACAUCUUCGUAGCAGUAGACUAUGUAUCAAAGUGGGUAGAAGCGGUGGCAUUGCCUACCAAUGAUUCUAAAGUGGUUGUGACCUUUCUGAAGAAUAAUAUCUUUUCGAGAUUUGGGGUGCCGAGAGCACUUAUCAACGAUGAAGGUACUCACUUUUUGAACAAACUGAUGGAGAAUCUGCUAAAGAAAUAUAAUGUUAAACACAAGAUCGCCACUCUGUAUCACCCUCAAAUGAGUGGCCAGGUCGAAGUGUCCAACGGGCAGAUAAAACAAAUACUAGAAAAGACUGUAUGCGCAUCAAGGAAAGAAUGGGGAGUAAAGUUAGAAGAUGCACUAUGGGCGUACAUAACGACAUUCAAAACGCCCAUAGGUAUGUCUCCAUAUCAGUUAAUUUAUGGUAAAGCUUUCCACUUGCCACUAGAGUUGGAGCACAAAGUGUUUUGGGCAUCCAAAUUCUUAAAUUAUGAUCUGGCCAAAACGGGUGAAUCCCAAAUCCUUCAGCUCCACGAGUUAGAGGAGUUUCGGAAUCAAGCAUAUGAGAAUGUCAAACUCCACAAGGAGAAGACAAAAAAAUGGCACGAUCAGAAGCUACAGAGAAAGGAGUUUGUCGAGGGACAAUUGGUGCUCUUGUUCAAAUCUAGAUUAAAGCUCUUUCUAGGAAAGUUGAAAUCCAGGUGGUCAGGUCCGUUUUUGGUUCACAUAGUGUUUCCCCAUGGAGAAAUAGAACUUAAAAAUCCAAGUAAUGAGGAUACAUUUAAGGUAAACGGACAAAGGUUGAAACACUACUACAAGGGGCAGGAAAGUGGUAUGAUUGAUAAUGUUCAUCUCCAAGGAUAA